CUCAUGCCAGGCGCAAUCUCUCGCACACACACACACCAUGGUCGAUUUCAUAGGAAACCAUUUAACCUUCUGUGUGAGUCUUCCCAAAGCAGAAUCUCAGCACAGGCCUUGGUGAUUCUCUUCUUAGCAUCGCUCCUUACGAGAGGGGUUAACAGCAGAAGAGGCUCAUCCCAUUCUGUGCCAAUCACCUGAGUGUGAGAGAUACAGCGAGAGAACGACGACGGAGAGCAGGCGAGGAAGAACGUCUCUCCAGCAAGCUGGCCUCGCAUCUCCCGGCUGUGGGAACAGAAUCUGACGGAGCGAAACAGAGACCGGGAAAGCCCCGAGCAACAGGAUGAAGAGGUACCAAGAGCAUCAUCUGCAGCAGCCCGUCACUCCAGAUCUUCUGAUGAGCCCCAGUGACCGCGAUGAAACAGAGAUGGAGAUGGAAUACCCAGAGGACCGAGGAAAUUGGACAGGAAAGUUAGAUUUUCUGCUGUCUUGCAUUGGAUACUGUGUCGGUCUGGGCAAUGUCUGGAGAUUCCCAUAUAGAGCAUAUACAAAUGGAGGAGGGGCAUUCCUUAUUCCAUACUUCAUCAUGUUGGGCAUUUGUGGAAUUCCACUCUUCUUUAUGGAAUUGUCCCUCGGACAAUUUUCCAGCCUGGGCCCCCUUGCUGUGUGGAAAAUAAGUCCACUUUUCAAAGGCGUUGGCAUGGGCAUGCUGCUAAUUGUUGCCCUGGUAGCCAUCUACUACAACAUGAUAAUAGCCUACGUGUUGUUCUACCUCUUCGCCUCCCUGACCAGCAGUUUACCCUGGGAACAUUGUGGCAACUGGUGGAAUACUGAGCUAUGUCUGGACCACCAUCUAAUACGUUCCAGCAACUCUGCGAUGCCAAUCAACAUCAGCACCACUGUCAGCCCCAGUGAAGAGUACUGGAGUCGCUACGUUCUUCACAUACAAGGGAGCUCUGGAAUUGGGGAUCCAGGACCAAUUCGAUGGAACCUGUGUCUGUGUCUUCUCCUGGCCUGGGCCAUUGUGUAUCUCUGCAUCCUUAAAGGAGUAAAGUCAUCAGGCAAGGUGGUCUAUUUUACAGCAACAUUCCCAUAUCUAAUUCUGGUCAUGCUGUUGAUCCGCGGUGUGACAUUGGAUGGUGCAUGGAUUGGAAUCAAGUUCUACCUCACACCACAGUUUGACCAUUUGUUAUCUUCAAAGGUCUGGAUAGAAGCCGCUCUGCAGAUCUUUUAUUCCCUCGGGGUUGGAUUUGGAGGACUUCUCACAUUUGCAUCCUACAAUACUUUUCAUCAGAACAUUUACAGGGACACUUUCAUUGUCACAUUAGGAAAUGCCUUCACCAGCAUUCUGGCAGGAUUUGCUAUCUUCUCCGUCUUGGGUUAUAUGUCCAAAGAAUUAGGUGUUCCAGUAGAUCAAGUAGCUAAAGCAGGUCCUGGUCUGGCCUUUGUAGUAUACCCACAAGCCAUGACAAUGCUCCCACUGUCACCAUUUUGGUCAUUCCUAUUUUUCUUUAUGCUUCUGACCCUCGGAUUAGACAGCCAGUUCGCAUUCAUGGAGACAAUAGUGACGGCCAUCACAGAUGAGUUCCCUUACUACCUCAGACCAAAGAAAGCAUUUUUCUCUCUCAUUAUCUGUACAGUUUUAUUUCUGCUGGGACUGGUCCUCACAACUGAUGGUGGGAUGUAUUGGCUGGUCCUGUUAGAUGACUACAGUGCAGGGUUUGGUCUUUUAGUUUUAGUCAUCACAUUCUGCCUUGUGGUUUCAAGAGUUUAUGGAAUCAAGGGCUUCUGCAGGGAUAUACAGAUGAUGCUGGGAUUCAAGCCAGGAAUAUAUUUUAAAGCUUGCUGGGCCUUUCUGUCUCCAGUCACCUUAAUUGGUCUGCUGGCUUAUAGCAUCAUAAAAUACCAGCCAUCCCAGUACGGAAGCUAUAAAUUCCCCUUAUGGUCAGAGGCAUUAGGAAUCCUUAUGGGACUUCUCUCGUGCAUGAUGAUUCCCAUUGGAAUGCUGGUUGCUGUGUUAAAAGAAGAAGGAACCCUAUGGGAAAGAAUACGUCAGGCUAGUAGACCUGCUAUGGACUGGGGUCCUUCAAUGGAAGAAGAUAGGACAGGCUUGUAUGUUAAUACCCUGGCCGGUAGCCAGUCUCCAAAACCCUUGAUGGUCCACAUGCGGAAGUAUGGAGGUAUCACAAGUUAUGAAAACACAGCCAUUGAAGUGGACAAAGAAAUUGAGGAGGAGUCCAUGAUGUAAUACUGUUAAGAGAGAGUCAAGAAGAACUCAGUGGAAUAUAUGGUCCUGGGGCUUCUAUAUGCUUCCCUAGCACAAGGCAAUACCUUCCUAAAUCUUGUGUCUAACCUGGCCCACAUGAACAGAGAAUCUACAUAAAAAAUGUCAACAGAAAGCUCUUUGUAUGGGACCAUGUGCAGAACUGUCUAUGUAGUUUUAUGUUAUUGUAUUGUCUCAUUAUUGGAGACUGUCUACUUGUCUAUGUGCUUGGUUAAUUUUAAGCAUCUUGAUGCAUCUCCUGAGGGUUUCUUGCAGAUUGUGAGUGAUUAGAUGGUAUCUGUUAACCAGUGGUUACAAUACAUAUAUUUGUCUAGAAGAGGUGUAAAUAUGUUGACAAAAUCUAAAGAAACAUGCAUUAUUUAUACACAAACCACUCCUAUGUGUAUAGUCAUGAAUCAUGAUCUUGGUUAAAGCUCCAGUUCCUAAAAAUGACCUAAUGUUAGAUGUGAAUGUUUUAAGUAAGGGCUUAAUGCAAUGAUACAUUAAACCUGACUUGGCCAAGACCCAACCAUCAAAACAUGAGAACCCUACAGUUUACUAGUCUACGGUGUGUGAGAAAGUAGUUGCCCAAAGCAGAUCAUCCUAAAUUACUGAUAUCAUGGGCCUUUGAUGGCCAAGGGGACUAUAUAUUUUGAAUCCAACAUUACUUUUAGGUCCAGGUUUACAUAAGAGAUAUAUUUUUAGCUUUAUAAGCCUUUAGCCACUGACAGCAUACUAAGACUGUACAUGUGUGGAAAGCACAUCCUUGGACCUUUGGGGGUAGACUGUUAGAGUAGGAGUAAAAUUAGCAACCUGCAUAUGAUUCCCAACAAAAAUAAAUGGUUAAUGGGGCAGAAUGUCUCUCUCCACCAUACACAAAGCUUUUUACUGCCGUACCCCUAUGUUGCAUCGAUGGUUUAGACCUUAAUGGAUGUAAUGUAAAAACUCGGACAAGCACACUAUUAUUUGCAGGUAAAUGAACCCUUUCGAUCAACUUUAGAAUUGUCACAUUUCUAGUCUGGGCAUAUUCAAUUAUACCAACCAGACAUUUUUCUUUAGGCUAAGUUGUGCUUAGCCUACCACCAAUGUUUUGGUGGUGGAUAUAAGUAUGGCACCAAAAACAAAAUAGAGAACCGGUCAUCACUUUCAUGGUGCCUGAACCGCAAGUUAUCAAGGCGAUCCCUGGUUUCUGCCUGACCCAUCAGAUAGAUCUCUCCCUAUAUCCCAACACAUAUAUCAGUCAAGGCUGAUGGAGUUAAAAGAAUCAUCCAGGGGCCACCACAGUGACUCGUGGUUCAACCAGCAUGAAAGUGAUUUCAAGUUCUCCUGUUAAGGUGACACAAGAGGAGAUCUAUGGAAAUAACCUGAAGCAAUGGACUAUCACUAACUACAGUGCUCAUUGAAGCACACAGAAAAUAGAAUAAGGAUGUGUUUUUAUUGUCAUCGGUACAUUACCACAGGAUAUUAGAAUAUAAUUUUUUUUCCCUAUUUUUUUUCCUAUAUUUUUUCCUAUAGUUAUGUUCUCAGUAUCUUCUCCUUUUGGAAAUAAUUUGCUUCGGGUGAAAAAAACAUCUAAAAUGUGUCCUCACCCUUAACAAAUCUAAUAGUCCUCUGGUAAAAGCAAUCACGGACAUGAUAGAGGUAUAGUGAGGAGUUACUGUCCAAGAGCAGUGAGUAUUUAAAUGGCAGCAUACUGCCCCAGUCCAGGAAUAUACAGUACAGAUAGUAUAUAUUUUUACAAGAAAAGAUUGAUGAACUAGAGUAGUGACGCAUAAUGUAUAGAAACAGUGUAGAUUUACAAUUUCUAGUUUUUCAAAGAUGGGAGUCCUGAAAGUGUUAUUUGUGUCUCCACUUGGCUUUGGGACCAAGUUAAGAUUGGGACCUCAGCAAUAAUUAAGGUGAAUGUUUAUCCUUGAGCACCAGUGAUGAAUUAUUUCUUACUAUAUAUUCAUGUUAUAAAUGUAUAAGCUCUAAAUGUCAUCUAUGGAAUAACAUUAAAGGGGUAUUCUAGCCACAGAAAGUAAGCGCUAUAAAAAUGUUUAAAAUACAAACAAAUACUCACCUUUCCUAAUCUCCUACCACUACCUUUCUGAUGGUUCCCAGUCCCCACUGCUAAUCACCACCUGCCUCCAGUGACUGGCUGAGUGAGCAGUUCCUGCAGGGAUAACAUGUCACAGGAAGUAGUGGUUUGCAGCGGGGACUGGGAACCAUCAGAAAGCGAGCACCAAAUGAUCAGGACAUGUUUUUUUUUAUCAUUGUUACAGCACCCUGCCUCACUUCUAGGAAUUUUUCUGAGGCUGGAAUACCCCUUUAAAUGAGAUAUGCCUACAGCCCCCACUAGGGGAGCUUAAGAGCACAGAACAUACAAUGAAUAAAUUGAUAUCAAUGCUAUGUAAAUCCUACACUGCCUAUAGUGGCAGCUGCAAGCCUGACACUUCAACAGACAAAGCUCUUACAAGUGUGCAGACAUAUAAGUAAGGCUGCAUUUAUAGUUCACAUCAGCCAACGACAUGGACGUACUGUAAAUUAAAUUAUAGGGACAAAAGAUUAAAGUCAUUUGUUGAAGAACUUAUAGUGUUAUUUUAUCUAUAUUUUUUAUUCCUAUGUAUUUAUUUUAUAAUAAUUUAUUGAACUGGAUUGUAAAGCCAUGUAAUAAAUGUCCUUCCUAAUAAGAAAAAGAUUAUGUUUUUUAUUCUACUGUAUAAUUACCCAUAUGGUCUACAUGCUUUUUUCUUUCUUUGAGUAGUCCUUAUGUUUGUAUUUCGAAGUUGCUGGGGUGUAUUUUAAUUGGCUGUUUGUGUAGCUUUUAUUUUACUGCUCUUCCUUGCUUUUGUGUUUUGGUCCUAGUGCCUGCUUGUUUUGCAAGUUACAUUUGCAGGGACAUUUACAGAGACAUUAAGGCUUAGUGGUGUUUGCUGUUAUGUUAGAGUUCAGGGUAAGCUCUAGGACAAGAUUAGGGGCACGAACUAGGAUCAUUCCUUUGUAUUUGUUAAUUUUCUUCAUCUUCUAUUUAAUGUUGUCAUGAUUCGUCCGUGCCAUAAUCUAUGGUUUCUGUUUUCUAUUAGCAAUUUGCUAUUCCUGUUCUGGUUACCUGCCAGUAUUGAUAUGUGCUUUGUUUGUUAUCAUUUCAUUUAGUCCUGCAGGUAUCUGCGUACUGGGAGCCACAUCCAGAAAAAACGACUGCUAAAAGUCCACAUAUGUGUUCUAAUGACCAUAUGGCAUCAUUACCAAUUGCUGUAUAAUAUGUCCAAACAAUGGCGCACCACUCAAUUCCAAUGUAUUGCAAUUUAUUCUCUCAUGUCACAGCAAAGCAACGUUUCAGCUUCUCCAUGAAGCCUUUAUCAAGCAUCCACUCCAUGCUAAUAAAUUGCACCCUAUUUUGGAAUUGAGUGCUGCGCCAUUGUUUGGAUAUUUACUGGAACUGUUGGGUUGUGGACGCUGGCACCUUAUGGUAUAUGUUUUUUCGAGUAGUGCUGCAAUUUUUUGGUAUAUAUAUAUAUAUAUAUAUAUAUAUAUAU